GCCGCUGACGCGCCGGCCGCCCUCAUCCUUCCGUCCACCUGGCCGCUCUCCGUCUUUGCGCAGCCUCUUUCUUUUAUGGACGCCUGCUGUAUUUCAUAAACGGCGUGCAGCCAGUUGGUGGUCCGGUGCUCUUGGAACACCGGUCCUGGUCCAACUCGACGGGCGCCGUUUCCCAAUUCUGUCCUCCGGGUGUGCUUCGGGUUUGCUCCCCCAUUGUCUAGCGGCAUCCACCGUUCAGAGAGGCUAAGCCAGUUAUCCCUACGCGGCAAUGGCCGCCAAUAUGCCGCAGAUGGCCGCGAACGGCCAGAUGCUGCUGCUGCAGCAACAGCAACAGCAACAGCAACAACAGCAGCAGCCAAACCAACAGCUACAAAAAAUAGUGUACAGUGCUCUGAUGCAGAGUGCGAGCAUGGCGCCCAUGAAUUCGUGGCAGCGCAGCGUCAGCAUUCAGGACAGAUUCCGGCAAGCCAUGAGUUUAGUGUCGAACACGUUGCUGGCAUUUCCCAGUCAGGGCGAGUGGAUGAAGUAUUGCCACGGGGCACUGGAGCUUGAGAAGAAGGCCUUUUUGCAGUCGCCCGAUAAGCAAUCCUAUGACCACGCCAUGCAGACGAGGACCCAGGAAAUGUUCAAGCGUCGGCAGUUGAACGUCCCCGACCUCCAGAACCAGCUCAGCAACGACGCUGCAAGGCAAGCCCAGCUGCAGGCGGCCCAACAGCGACAUCAGCAACAGCAGCAGCAGCAAAUGAUCAUGAACCAGAUGGCCGCGAGGGGCUUGGCACAGCCGCCUCACCCUGGAUUCCAGCCCAUGCAGAGCCCGAUGCAGGUUCCUGCGAUGGCCCAGCAGCCGCAACAACUGGGCAUGGGAAUGGCCCCACCGGGCAUGCUCCAGAACCGACCGGACCAGCGCCAGUUUCCGAUGCCGAUGGGACAAGUACGGCAAACGCCCUUCCCCAGCGAUUUUAGCCAGCUGAGUCCGCAGGACAAAGCGCGGGUUCACGAGCUGGCGGUGAAGUGGCUGAACUCGACGCCCGAGCACCAUAAAGCCACGCUCCGGCAAAUGAUGCAGCAGAAGAUGAGCCCGGCUCAGCUGGCCGAGUGCGCGGCUAACGGCCGGGACCUCGCCUUGGUCUGGUACCAGCAUUACGCGCACAACUUUUUGCAGGGCAAGGCGCCGCCGCCGCGAACCGUCAUGCAGCAGCGACCGGGCGUCCCGGCCGGCGCGAUGCCGCAGGGACCGCACCCCGGCGCCCAGAUGAAUCCCGCCCUCAUCAGCAGCUUGGCUCAGCAAGGAGUCGCGGCUGACGGCCAAAUGUUUGCUCCGAGCAUGGAGAGUAUCCGCAACGAUCAGCAGAUGGGCAUCCUUGCACAGCGUGCCGGGCAAAUGGUGGUGCCCGCCAGUACCGCUCCUGGCCGAAACGCAACGCCGGGUGUGAUGGCCGGGCUCCCCCAGCAGCCUGCGCCCGGCAGCCAACCGGGCCCAAACCAGACGCCGCGGCCGCCUCAGGUGCAACCGCCAUUCGGCAUGCCCCAGGUCAAGAUGGACCCUACGGCUGCCCAGGCCCAGGCGCAGCAAGGAGCGCGGCCGGUCCCCGGGCGGACGACGCUGAAUCCGCAAUUCAGUCAUCAAAAUAAUACUAGACCGCCGUCCGUCCAGGGCACCAUGUCCAAUCCAGCCAUGCCCGGAAUGACCCAAGGCCUCACUCCGGAAGCACGGGCCGCCAUGGGUGCGCUACCAGAGAACGGCACCACGAGGGAGUUGAUAACCGAGUGGCGGGAGCAGCAGCGUGCCGCGAAUAACGGCUUCCAGGCCGCGAAGCAGGGUCUCAUACCGGGAAUGGCCGGACAACUACCACCCGGGCUGGUGAACGCCGCGAACCGGGUUGCUGCCAUGGACGCAAAUCAGAAAGGCAACGGCGCGAUGCCCUCUGCCCCGCGCCCAGUGGCCCAGCCGCAAAUGGGUGUAAGCAGGGAUGAGGUUUGGGCCAUCUCCCAGACGCCGCAAGGUCGAGCGUCGCUCAACAGCAUGGACAUCCCCCCAGUGGUGUUGAACCGCUUGCGCCAGUACCUUAUCCCGGCUAAUAUUCAAAAAUGGGGUCAUCUCAGGCAGUUCCUCCAGAACAACCCCAAUGUGAUCCCCGCCGCGGUGCUUAACCAGCUGAACGGCUUUCAGAUGGCGCAGUUCAAGCAGUGGCUGGACAAGAAACGAGGUGUCACGGCGCCGAACGGCCCCGCUCCUCAGCAGCAACCGAACACGACGUUAUCGUUGCCUCCCGGGACCCAAUAUCCCCCGAGCGUCACCCAAGUCACCCCGCAGGAGAUAGCAGCUGUCCGUCAGAGGGAUCCAAGAUUCCAGGGCAUGCCUGACGAGGCGAUGAUGGAGAUGGCGAGGAGGGCGAAGCAAGACAACUUCGCCAGGAAAGCUUGGGAGGCAUACAAUCAAUCGCAACAACAACAACAACAGCAGCAACAACAACAGGGCAGUAAUGUCGCCGGUCUAGCGAUGCAACAAGCCUCCGCACCGGUUCCUCCGACUCCGACCACUCAGCAAGGGACAGCGACUUCGGUGCCGCAGCCGACCGCGCCGCAACCGAACGCGCCGCAACCGAACGCGCAGCAGGCCGCUCAGCCGAAGCCCAUUGGCGCCCCUGCCGUAGGCACGGCAGCUACUCCUGCGUCCGGACCACCCAAGAAUGCACGGCCCGCACCAAACCCUUCCCCUGCGACGGCGUCGAAGAAUCUGAAACGGCCGAAUCCCGACGAUGCGAGCGAGGCGCAGGGCCAGACAAGCAAUGCCGCACAGCAGCCUGCUUCUCAAUCCGAUGCCCGCCAGCCAGCCGGGCCUCCGAAGCCAACACCCCCGCAGCUCAUGAAGCUCACGCCGGAGCAAAUUUCGAAGCUCACGCCCGAGCAGAGGGCGAUGCUCAUGCGCGGCCAGGCGAGGCCCGUCGCCAACCCGGACGAGCUCAACCGGCUAAGGGCUCUCCACGCAGAAGCGCAGCAACUUGCGAAUCAGGAGGCGAUGAUGGAGGUCGAGAUCCGCAUGUCCCCGGCAGAGCUGCAGGAGACGCGUCUCAAGAUCGCCAAAGCAUACGAAAUGACCAAGCAGUUCGUUGCCCGCGGCUCAACCAUGAUGCCUGCCUGGUACCGCUUGACCAAGGACGACUCGCGGGCCAGGAUGUUCUUCAAGACUCGAUUGAAGGUGGCCCGGCAAUAUGCCGACCCUCCCCAGUACCAGCGUUUCCGCGAGAACCCGACGAUGACCAAGGACGAGCUGGACCAGUUCAUCAACAUGAUGGACAGCAUGCGGCAAGAUCUGGAACCGCUCAAGAAAGCAAGUCAGGAGGCGGCCGCCGCCGAAGGGCAGGCGGGAGCGCAGCGCCCUCCCCAGCCGGCCGCCCUGAGCGCCGCGAACCUGGAGAAGCAGACGCAGGCCCUGAAGCAGGCGCAGAACCAGACGGUCGCCAGGCAAGGACAGCCCCCAGCGGCGCCGACGACAGCCCAGCCGCCGUUCCCGUUCGGCGCUCAGAAGUCGCCGGCCGGCAACCCGGAAUACUACGGCGAGCAGCGCGUCAAGCAAACCGACCUGGUCAUCCCGCCCGCCCGGAAGAAGGUCAAGACGGGAGCCGCCCAGGCGUCCCCGCCCCAGGCGCAGCUGCAGGGCCCGGCGCCGUCGUUGCCGCAGGCCAAGGCGCCCUCUCCCGUGGUCUGCAGAAAAGCGGAGCCGCCCAAGCAGGCGCCCAAGCUCACGUGCCCGGAUUCCGGCUGCGAGAUGGGUUCGAUGGGCUUCCCAACGGAGGAGGCCCUCCACGCUCACCUGCAGGAGGAGCACGUCAAGCCCUUCGAGAACCCGGCCGGGUUCCUGCAGGAGCAGAUGGCCGCCGCCUUGGGCCUGGAUCCGCAGGGCAAUCUCCUGAAGACCUCCCCCAAACCGAGCGGCCAGGAAGGCUCGACGCCAGCGGCGCCGCCCAUGAGCGCCAGUCUCUCCAAGCAGGGCCAGACGCCCAGGGGCAAGCCGGAGAUGGGGGCCACUCCCAUGUCCCGCACGGUAUCCAUGCAACGGCAGGGCAGCGCGACGGGCGGCAAGGCGGGCGAGAACGCGGGCACGCCCGGCAGGAAUGCGGCCCUCAAGGCGCAAGGCACGCCGCGCCUCCCGGCAGGCAGGCAGGAGGCCGGCACUCCGCCGGUGCCCGGCGGUCCCGGUGCCGGCUCCACGGCCGACGACGGCUGGGCAGCGUCGACGGUCGACCCGCAGGACCUGUUCCAGACGCUCGGGCGGUCGCUGGAGUCGGUCACGGGCUCUUUCCUGCCCGAGUUCGGCACCUUCCGGUCGGCAACGCCCAACGACACGCCCGAGUCGAGCAAAGACAGCGGCGCGUCCGAGCCCAACAGCGACAUCCCCGAGGGCGCCUCGCUCGACAUCGACCUCGCCUGGCAGUCGUCGCUCGACAACGACCUGCUGUGGGACAUGGACAACAUCAACAUGGAGAACUUCGAGGCCAAGGACCUGGACGCCGACAUGUUUGCCAACGAUGCGCUCGUGUUCGCGCUCGGCGGCGGCAGCGACCUCGCUGGGGACCUCGCUGGCGGCGCCCUCGACGGCGGCGGCGCGGGCGCGGGCAAGGCAGCCUUCCGGAUGCAACAGGUGGCGGCCGGGGCGCCGGCGAUGUUCUCGAUGGAUGUGUCUUGAGAGCGUUCCGGGAAAUCUCUGGAAGGCAGCAUGGUGCGGUCGUCCUGUAUGGGUGUGCGCGUGCUGUCAGGGGAGGAGCGGGGGGUUCCAGUCUCUUUGCUCCUCGCGUGCCUGUCCGUGGCAACAUUGACAGC